CCGCUUUAUUCCUGUCUGGUGUGCUAAUUACUUUCAUGUGCAAGUAGGAGGUUUGAGGGUACCAUUAGUAUCCUCACCUGUUCUUACUAUAGUGACAUCGCAAGUUUUAUGGACAGCGUUUCGAUAGGAAUAGAAAACGUCGUGAAAACACAAGAAGAGGCUUAUGAACAACCGUCACAAGUGAUGUUUUCUCAUAUCAAAGAAGAAGCGAAAGAUGAUGGUCAAGGCGAAGACAAUGGUUUUGAUGAGGGGUUGUGUGAAUUGCCAUUGCAAGUGGUGCUCACCCACGUCAACGAAGAAGAAAUCAAAGACGAGGUGGUGACCAUUAGUAGUGAUGAGGAGUGUGAACGACCUUCAUUGGUGGUGUUUCCUCGUAUUAACAAAGAUAUGGAUGAAGGGGAGACUAGGGAACGGAUUGUGUGUGAGGAGUGCAGAACGUGUACUUGCAGUGAAGGAAAAGAUGGAAUUGAUAUUGCUGGCAACAGACAUUUGGAGAUAUGUGCCUACACCUUGCUUAUGUACAGAACAAAGCCGUUGGUCUGUGUUACCGUGGCCUACUCUGAAUCUCUCACUCCUCUAAGGUUACAGAUCGUGGUGAUGAAAUCAGCAUCUGUAACUGUCAAAAGACACAUUCGAGUUACUACACAGGAUCGUGCAGCACAAACAGAGUUUUGGCCCCUUAUUGCCAGUGGCGGUGGGUUUGGCACGCUAGGCAACCUGGGACCUCUGAGCAACUUGAAUACUGCAAGCAGCCCCACAGUCAACGCAGGUCCACCUUCAAAGCCUGUUACUACCGCUCCAACCGCUCCGGCCACUCCAGCCACUCCAACAACUCCUGCCGCAGACUCACCAGAGGCGGACUGUGCUUCAAGAAAGUUCCGGUGCCGUUGCGGCAAGGCCUUUGCCCGCUCUGAUCAUCUGAAACAACACGCUCAGACGCAUGCUGGACGCAAGCAGUUCGCCUGCAACCUCUGCAACAAGGCUUUCUGCCGAAGUGACAUCCUGAAUGCCCAUCUACGCUGGCACUGGGGCGACACUCCAUACUCCUGUGAGGUAUGUGGGGCAGUGUUUGUACAAGCCAGUCGCCUGAGCCGCCAUCGUCUCAUUCAUCUGGUGCACAAACCAUUUCCAUGCGAUGUUUGUGGGGCAUCCUUUGCUCGUGCCGACAAUCUGGCUUCGCAUAUUCGCACCCACACUGGGGAGAAACCAUUUCCCUGCCCAGAUUGCGGGUCCGCUUUCCGGCGAGCUGAUGCACUCCAGCGCCAUCGCAGAACUCACACCGGUGAGAGGCCGUACGGCUGUAGAGUCUGCGGUCGUGGAUUUGCUGCUGCAAGAGCACUGCGGAGGCACGAGCGCCAGCAUGCUGGUCCAGACGGCCACACUGAGGGUGAUGGUGUGAACACUGAUCAAGGCACCUACACCGGCCGCUCCCGUGCUGGGGUUUACGCUAACACUCGGGCCAGUGUGUACCCUAAGAAUAACAGUGGGCAGAAUGCAGGCUCCAACCUUGACACAGAUGGAAACACAAAUUCUGGUGGGUACGCAACACGUGCUCGUAGCAGCACUCAGAACACCAAACAAGAACAGAACGUGCACUCAAACUCUCAAGACACCAGCAGUGGUAACACAGUUGCUAGUAGUAAUGAUGACAACACUAAUUCAGUUAAUAACUCUGAUCCCACUGCUGUUGGUCAUUCUAUGGAAAAUUCCAGUAAUAGCGUAAACAAUGUGUCAAACACUGAUGGUGGAAUUCCUAACAGCGACUCUUCAGUUGACAUGAAUACUGCUGGAAAUAACAGUGUUAAUGUUUCAAAUACCAAUCUGGUUUCUAAUAUGAAUACAGUUGGUGGAACCAACUCUGAGAUUUCAAACUUAAGCCCGGUUGCUGGUAUUAAUUCUACUCCAAACACGAAUAUUUGUGUUUCUAAUUCUAGCCCGGUUCCAAAUAUAAAUACAGUUGUAAAUCCAAAUACAGUUCCCAACUCCAGUGCCAUUGCUGAUGUGACCACAGUGUCCACCACCAGUAGUAGUGUUUGCCACACUGUUCCCACUAUGAACACACUAAGUCAUGCAAACAACAGUAUUAUUCCCAACAUGAACAACAAUGGCAGUAUGAAUUCACACAACAUAUCUAAUCAUUAUUCCCAAAUGAACAGCUAUAGUGAUCCCGUCAACUCCAGUCACAGCAUUCAUGCUCAGAAUAGCCCUGAUCUUCACUCUGCAGCACAGCAGUCCCCACAUGCCAACAUGCUUCCUGCGACCAACCCUGGCGCACAUUCCAACUCCGUGGUGGAUCCUCACAUGCCAAUGAACACCCACCCCCAUCACGACAACCAGACCUAUCCUACCAGUUACCAAACUAACCCCAAUCCUCAUUCCGGCAUCCCCACUGGCAGUGCUGUUAUUGCCAAUCCCAACCCCCACGCUCACCAUGAUAACGUAGGCCACCACCACUCUGGCAUUCACACCGCAUCUGAUCCUCAUGCAGCGAGAGGCACUCACAGCCCCCACACUUACAUCACCAUUUCAUAAUGACGUCAUGUCGUGUUUUUAAUUUUUUUUUUUUAUAUCUGGGAGUGUGAUGCACGUUCAACUGAUCUUAAACUAUAACGAUGAAUAUAAUACUGACCUGGGAAUGGCAAGAAAUGCAGACGUGGAUUUUUCACAUUCAGGACGUCUUCUUCAGGAAGUAAGGGUGAAAUUCACUUCUAGUUACAAUUAUACCGUCUUGUGUAGGGUACAGUUAUGCACUGUUUUCAAUUCUACUUAUGGUGAACACUAGUAUUGAAAGGAACAGGUCAUUAAAUCACUGCCACAAUGUUGUGCAAUCGCAGAAUGGAUCUAGGUAAAUGCAGGUUGAACACUCACUGGGCACUGCAGCCCAAGUGUGACUAGUAGUUUUGACUAUUGUCAUAGGUGUGAACAGAGUUCUUCCGUUGGCAAUGACCUUUUGUGACACAAUUCUUCGUAACUUGUCUUGGAACUGGAAAUUUCUCCAGCCAUAGGCACCAGUUUAACACAUUUUACCACAAUGAUGAUAUGGAAAAAUCAAUCUUAAUUUGAUCUCAGUGCUUUGUUUGAAGCUGUACCUAUUCUUUCCUUGGGUACAUGUGUGUAUGUUUUGAAUGUGGAUUUGUAGCAGAAUGUAAUGGAACCUAAUUAGUCAAGACUUAUGACAAAAGAGACUCAACACAAUGUUUUACAAAAACUUUUUUUUAAACAAGGAAAGGUAGUUUAAAAUCACAGAUACGGUAGAUUUUUGUAAAGCUGUCAACUUUGUGGUGUGUAUCCAUUAACUUAAUUGCUCUCUAUUUUAUUUAUUUAUUUUUCUAUUAAGAAACCUAUAUGAAUUUUGUAGAUAACUAUUGCUCUUUGUUCUCAGACAAGCCUUAUAUUUUUUCUCAUGUGACCCAUUUUUAAAAUGUGUUAUAACAGUAUUUUUCAUUUUUAAUUUUGUUGUAGUAUGUAUAUUUUUUAUAUUCAUUUUACAAUAAUUUUAGUUUUUCAUUGAAAGAACUAUUUUACGUGUAAGAGGUUGAAUAACAUUUUUUACUGCAUCAAUGAAUCAUCCACAAACAUGUAAUUUAAAACUAUUCAGUAAUUGUGUUCGAGGUUUUUUAUUGAGAGUCUCCUUUUAUGCUGGCUGAAUUCAUGUAUGUUCAUAUUUGUAUGAACUUUGAAGUAUUUUCCUUUUUUCUCUUAUUUGAGAUUCAAACAACUUUUGGCAUUCACUGCUAUCAAGCAAUUGAAGAGGCAUUGCUUGAAUGUUAUCCUUUUGCUGCUACACACUUGCGCUAAGAGAUGCAAUUAAUGCACUCUCCCCCCCCCCCCAGUUUAGUGAACAAGCAAUAGCUUGCAAGCAUACUAGCUCUCUAACCAUGCUUUUGCUUUCAUAGCAAAUAAACUGUAUUUAUCCAGAUAUAAGGCAAGUUUUUUCUAAAUAUCUCGUGUAAAAUAUAAAAGGUUGUCUUAUAAUUGCGGAUUAUAUUUGGUUGGGAUCUGUGCUUUUAUGUUGCCUUUCUAUGUCAAGAAACUCAAAUGCUGAUGCUCUCUCUGUGAAAUACCAUGCAUAUGUAUAAUACAUAAUAUUUGUGGAAAUGUUCUUGGCAUUUCCCACUAAUUUGUUGGGCAAAAGUGAAUAAGGCAACGUAGAAUGGAGAACUAUCAUGAAAGAAACAAUGAAAUAUUUGAUGGUAGUACAAAACCAGUGAUUAUUAUUUUUAUAAUGAAUAAGAAAAUACUGCAAUUUUCUGGUCAAUAUGACUUGUCGUGGUUUCAUUUUGACUGAAUUCUAAGAAUUUGUUUAAAAUAAAAAAAAUAAAAAAAUUGGAGGCCUCUUCACAAUAGGGGUUCUCUUUACAAGCAGAAUUGUCUUAUAUUUGGAUAAGUACAGAAAUUCAAAAGCAGUACGUAGGGCCCCUGCACAUGAGUGUUGUAUUUACAUGUGAUAAAUAACAUGCAUCAUAGAAUAACACUGUAUCUUACGUGAAAUAGUACACAUGCACUUUGGCUGUUCCGCAUAAGAUACAGAGUUAAUCUAUGAUGCGUGUUACUUAUUGCGUGUCAAUGUAAUGCUCGUGUGACACAGGCCUUACAUACAGUGAAAGACACCAAAAGGUGGUUCUUUCUAAUGGUUUUAAGGAACUGCCAAUGCUCCCAGGUACCAGGUAAAUUUAAGUCUAAAGUAGCAAAAGAAAAGAUGUUCAAUGUUCACAAAUUAUAAAACAUUUGUGAAUGAGUAAAUGAACUUGACUAAGGGAUUAUUUCGGAGCCUGUAAGGGAAUUACUGCAACUUUUCUAGGGAAAAUUCCAUUGAAGAAUUUUUUAAAAGAUAUCAAGAAGAAAAGUGUCAGUGCCCAUAGUGAUGCAUAUAGUUCAUAUUUUUCAUGUUAUUCAUUUUGUAAUAAAGUGAUGUUUUGUUCAAAAGUUCUAUUAACAACUGUGAUUUUGACAUCUUAAUUUAGUUUUAUUCUGUAGCUGUGCUUACUUUGAUUAGACUGGUACUGCAUUGUACACACAACCAUGGAGAUGCAGAAUUUUAAUCAUUUGUUAUUGUUAAAUGAAGUCAUUUGUUGUUGUAGAUUGAGAUAGCCACAAUGUGUGAAAGUAGUUUUUCAGAAACUUGUUAAUCUUUCAGCUUCAGUGAGAAUUCCGUCAAGUACUUGGAUGUAGAAAUAGAGAUUACACUUUGCCACAAAUGUGAGGAGAUAAUGCAAUUAGUGCAAGGAUACCUAGUUUAAUUUCAGAAUUUUGUUAUAUCUUUUGAUCCAUUUAAAUCGUACUUUCUUUGUCAUUGUCAGAUUCCAUGAUCAUGGUUUUAUUGAAAAUAUGUUUACAUGGGAGACUGAUCACUUUUCUUCUCUUCAAUCAGGUCAGGCACUCCAAAACAUUGACCAACAAAAUGUUUCUGUUAGAAUAUGGAAAUUCAUUAUUGCGUAAAUGCUGUUUACUUUUCUUUGGCACCAUAUGAUGUAUAAACUGUUACGCCAUUGCUAAGAAUGUGGUAGUGAUUUCCUUGUGGAUGGCUUUGAUGGUCCCUUAGAAGGCCACUGGACCAGUAGCUUUCAAUAAUUAUAACUUAUGGUGGUUAGAGCAAGAUAUUCUCUAGAGAAUCCAUAUUGCAUUAGAUAUGCUAUUUAUUUAGGAGAUAAGUAGCUUUUAUGAAACUUUUAUAAACAAAAUAGGAACUUGUAGGGCAAGUUUUAUUUAAUUACACAAAUUAAUUUAGUUUAAUUUGUGGAAAAUAAAAUAUUUUCGUACAACAUAAAAACCCACCGUUGAUUGGUUUCUUUACUAAUUUACUUACAACACUGUAAGUUGAGACAGUUUAUAAAAAGUAACAUGUUAGAAAUUUAUUUUUAAGGUUUUUAAAGUGAUCACUAAUAAUGGCAAAAACUUCCUGGUCCAAGUUGAGUGAAAAAGCAUUGGCAAAUUGCGCAAGCCUUGAGAUAGGUAUUAUUGCUUGGUGCUCAUGCUUUUCUUGCUUCUCAUAGUUUCCUUAUUUUGAAUACUUUGUCAUAUGGCCAAGAUGUAUAUUUCUAAAGCGCUUCUGGUAAAAUGAAAUGACUGAUCAUCUAAAGAGCCUGUGAUGGAAUUACUGCAUGAUCCUAAUAGAAUCUAGGAUGAUAGGGUCAUGAUCGUAAAGAGCUGUAAUAUGUAAUAUCUCAUUAAUAAAGUAAUAACUACAUUAUUGGAGAGAAAAUCUUCAAGCACUGUGACAGUCUUUUGACAUUCUUUGUGUCGGAGAUAAAAAAAAAAGCAAUUUGCAGGUUUUGUUGCAGCCAAAGUGAUAUUCUUCUUUAUUUCUUUGUGUGAAUUUGUCGUGGGUUUAUCAGUUGAAAAUGGGUAAAGGCUGCAAUUUUGUUGAGAUAUGUGGACCAGAAUUGUUAUUCAAUGAAUUCAACAAAUUUGAAUGCAUAAAGUCAAAAAUUCAACACUAAAUAACUCUUGCAUUCGGUUGUGAACACUUCAGAGAACAAUUUUCUUAAAAGUUGAAGAAAAAUUAUGGGGUUGUUAAGUUUUUGUAUUGUUCUAAUUAAAAGGUUGAGUUAGAUAUACAUACGGUGAAACAACAGGUAAAGGGUUAAUUUGCCUUCUGUCUACAAUUAUAACAACAAUAGGGACUUGCAAUAACCAAAAUAAAAUUGCAUUAGAAAGCAGUAUGUUUGUUAAAGUGAUAUAAAAGCUGCUAUUAAAAACUGUCUAUAAUUAAUGAAUUAUUUUAUAUAAUUUUAAAAUCUUCAAUUCUGUUUAUAAACAACAUUGAAAAUUGCUGGUCUAGUGGGAUAUGUGUAAUUUUACUUAUAUGAAUUGUGAAGAUUUUAGUAGUCGUUUCUAGUCUAAUCCUAAACUGCCAAUAAUACUCUUUAAACAGUUUCCAAAUGAUUUGAUGCUUUUAUGUAUUUCUUAAGUGAUUGUGAUUAUGGUCAUUAUUAAGAUACUUAAGUUAGUAGUCAAAGCAGAGUCCUCCAUAAAUAAACUAUCAAAAGAAACAAAAAUAACUAUUUAUGCUUGUAAUCAAACCUGUAAAUAUUAGCAUACAAUUUUGUUUUCUUUCAUGUAUGUAGUUAACUCUUUGUGCACAUUAUGCUUUUAAUAGUAAUGAUACUUGUACAAAAGAUGAUCUGGUUGGGAAAAGGUUUUUUUUUUUAAACCAGUAAUUCACUAAUCCAAAUUGCUUGAAUGAUUACCAUUAGGAUUUCUACCAAUUUGGCCCAAAAUGGAAGAAGGAACAACUGUAUUUCACAAAUUGGGUCAGAACUAAAAAAAAUGCAUGAAAGGGUAUUCAUAAAAUUCAUCAUCAUAUCAAGUUUCAUUGAACUGAACCUUUAAGUAGGAUACAGAAAUAGAUGGCAUAAAUUGUAAAGAUUAUAUAUUUUUUAGAUCCGCUAGGCAUAUAAAUUUUUAAUGUAAUAAACUUUGUUCUUGUCUGAAAGAAAAUUUUUAAGAAAGUAAAUGUAUAACAACUUUGAUAGUGGUUUUUGAAAUAAUGAUUCUGGAUGAUAUGUCUACUAACUUAAGAAUCAUAAAAUAAUCUGAUUAGUCGACUAAUGUUACUGGAUACAUCCAUUCCACCACUCUCAUUUUAAUGUCUUUAAUUUUUAUUAUCAUAAUUUACAAGUAAACAUGACUCACUGUUUAAUUGAUAUGCUGUUUGAGAUGGCUAGUUGAAGUAUAAUUGAAAUUUUAGAACUCAAUUUUUGUGUUCUAAGUUGAAAAAUUAGUAAUGGUUAGUAGGACAUUGUUGAAGUUAAAAAUCUUGAAUACUCAUUGAAAGAAGUGUUUUUGUUUAUUUUAUUUUUUUAUUUUUAAAGAGAAAAUUGUUGUGACUUUAUGAUAACAUAUUUCUGUGGUACAAUACAUAUGCCACUCUGUCAAGUAAUUCACUUCUGAAACUUUUUAUCUUUUAUAACACACAGAAAAUGAUGUUGAUAUUUACAUCUUUGUAAUUUAUAAAAAUUUAAGAACAACAUGAAUUAGUACAGUGUGAUCCCUUAUAGUUUUAUUUGUUAGAAUCAGAAUAUGUGUAUACAUUCCUGGAAUAUUGAUCUCGUGACUUGAUACAGUAGUAUGAUGACAUUUUUCCGUUUUUUGUGGGAUGUUCUGUGAUGUCUAUUUUUAAAGCUAUAUGUGAUUUCCUGAAGUGUAAAUUUCCACAAUUGCUACUAUUCCUUCCUUAGUGUUUUCAUAUCAAAUUGACACGCUGGAGGCCCUUGUUAAGCUUUGCCUUGUCUUCUGUUGUUUUUUUUUGUCAACUACGAGGUUGCUCUUUUUGAUAGGACUGUAUUCCCCAUUUGAAAUUGUGAAGUGGAAUUCAUGUCUUCAUUAUAGUAAUGUUAGUGGUAGUUACAACAUUCAUUGUUAUCUACUUGUGGAAAAUGUGUUUUUGAUUUGUUGAGCAGGGGAACAGAGAAAUAAUUUUCUUACUCAUUGAUGAUCUCAUCUGUGUGCGCUUCUAAAUAACUCGAGCAGAACAGUUGUGACAUGAAAAAAACGUGUUGCAGUUUAUUUGGGCUUUCAACAGAAUGGUAGAAUUAAGAUUUCACAUGAGAAAACAUGCUGUUGCCCAUCUUGCCAGUUUGUAAAAAGUAUAAGUGGAUAUCAAAAAUGCAGGAUUCCAAUCUCAGUUUGAGUUUAAUAAUACCUACCUGCAAAGUCAUAGAGUAUUAAAUUUAAAUGAAAACUAAUGAAAUACAACUUCAAGUGGUUGUGUUUUUGUGGUGUAUGCAUAAAAUAUAUCAGACAAGAAUGUAGUUUUUGAGGAUCAGUGCAGUCAAGUACAUCAAUAGUAGGCUAGACAUUGUGUGAAAUUCUUGUAUUGAAUAAUUGUACUGAGCCAUUAAUUUUUUAAUGUGAAAAUGAAAAAGAAAUGUUAUAUCUGUCCUAGUAUUGUAAGUGUCAUGAUAUUAUUUAUUUGUGAAAUUCCUUGCUUAACUUGUUAAGAGGCUAAAGUGCUUGCCUUUAAUGCGAUUGAUUGUGAAAUGAGUUUUGGAAAAUAAUUUUAGCUGUUAAGCAAUUUUUUUAUGUGGAACAAUAUAGAGGUACCAAAAUUAUUUUAAGCUUACAUCUGAUGUCAAGAGUUCUGUAUGGUCUGAGUUUAUAACUUUUAAUAUUUUUAUAAGUUUGUAUAAUUUUACCUAUUUUUGUUAUAAUAAGGAAGAAGUGUUGUCUAGAUAGUCCAAACAAAUUUAUUCAGAGUUGUAAGGAUAUAGAAGUGUUUUUAAUGACAUAUUAUUUUGCUUCAGAAAAGAAAAUGUACUUUAAUAUUCAAAAUGAAAUUUUUAAUUCAUUUAAAAAAUUAUUUUGUUUGCUCUUGAAAUCAGAACUGGAAUCAUCACCUAAACUGUUUUAUUAAUCUAACAGAUGGAUUUCUAUUUUAUAUUUCUUGUAAUAUUUUUCUCACAUUGCAUUUUCAUACCAAUGUUUUAAUUUUAUAACUCUUAUUUUGAUGGCUGUAAAUUUUAUAUUUUCUUAUGACUUACGUGUGUAUCAAGGAAGCAAAAUGCAUUAGUUAUGAAUUUGCAGUAAUGAAAACACUUGGAUUUUCUGUAUCAAAUUAUCAAAUAAUAAGUUGCAUUCAUUCCAUUCCUUAAUUUUAUGGUAAAAUAUUACUUCAUUCAAAGUUAUAGUUGUUUUGCAAAAGAAUUCUGUGAUAUAAAGGAGCACAUUCACAGUAAAAUUGAACGUGUUUGUUAAUAUACGUAAAUGUUUCUUAUUGCAGUAGCAACUAGUGUGUGGCAGGUAUAGCAUUUACCAUUGUCACUUGAAGCAGAAUAUCUAAAGUAAUUGAUGUAUCAGAUGGGUUCUGACAAAUUUGCCCAGAUAUCUUCAGCUCUUGUUCGUUGUAUCUCUCGAACAUUUCCCGAAGCAUUUUUAUACCAAGUUUUCCUGUUACUGUCACAUAAUUGAAAACUGCCAGUGUACUGAAAGGGUUCAUUUACAAUUUAUAGCUAAAAUAAUAGUAAUUGGAUAGUCUUCCUCUGUGUUAUUUCCAUUACACAAAAGCGCAAAAAAAUCAUUGUUCAUAUUUAUUAGAGAGACAAUUCCAUGUAAGUGUUAUUACAUGUAUAUAUAAUAUAUAAUUGUAGAGCUUAAGCAGGUUGUGCAUUUUAGCUUAGGCAUGUAUAAGACAUUCCAUAAAAUGUCAGAUGUAAUCUUAAGAGAUCCUUGGUUAAGAAACCAAUGCUUCAUUCACAUACCACUCAGAUAUUGCAUAGUUGGCAAGUCUUGGCCUUUUAUUAGUUUUAGCAACAGAGAAGUUAUUUAUUUUUUUAUUUAUUCAUUGUGGGAACAAGGUGAGUUCCUACAGAGGAGCAUGUUGUGUCUUCUUUGAGUCAUGUACACACAAAUAAGUCGAUGAACAUAGUACUGUAUAUAUCAGUAAUCCAACUUGUGCAAGUGGAGUACAUUUUUUAGACAUUUGUUUUAUAUUGAUAAUAAACAGAAUGUGUCUGGUC